AUGGGAAAAAGCAAAGGAAAGAAUGGCAAGAAGCAGAACAACAGCAAGAAGAAAAAGGCCAACACUACAGCAGCCGCAUCUGUGGCAGCUUCCGAAGGCGGAUUGAUGGUCGAUCCAGCCAGGGUCCGAUUUCAGCAUUCCAAAAUUCGCCCAGUAUUUAGUGGGUGUGGGCGCAGCGUGGAAGGAACCUUGGAACAGAUUCGGGAUGGCAGAUUGAAUCCUUCAGAUUUACCGCCGAUUCAAGUCAUUGUGGGUCCACCUGUAUCGGAAGAUGAUGAUGGACCGUGGUACUUUUCGCUGAACAAUCGACGAUUGUGGGUAUUGAAACGAUGCCGAGAGGAAGGGUUGUUGCCCAACAAUCAGAUCUUUGUACGAGUCCGCAAACCCAAGAGUGAACAAGAGGCUCAGAGAUAUUGCUUAGAGAAUUGUGCUCUGGAAGCCAAGAUUAUCGCGGAAAAGUCACGUGGGCCAUCAAACCCAACCAACCACGACAACGAGGAUGGCAAUAAUUCCAACGACAAAGAAGCUGAGGAAUCAGCUGUAGAAGUUCCACAAAAUAUUGACACGAAAGCUGUCGAGAAUGGUGGGUCUGUGCCAGAGGGAGAGGAAAAGGUUGAUACAGACGACAGUGACGACGAAUCAUCUUCUGAUGACGAUUCUGUCGGUGUGGUGUCCAAUCGCUUCAGUGCUCUCUUCUAA